AUGUCAGAUCUUGAAUCUAAUAAAGAAAAACUCCAUAUUACAUUGGAAAAAAUUGAUACUUUAAAUUCCAAUAAAGCUCAUGUUAACGGUUCGGAAGCUGAUACAACUUUGAAAUUCAUUAACCAACAUGCACAUCUUGUAACCACUCCAUUAACACCAGAAAGUGAACAACGUAUAAGAUGGAAGUUAUUCAUUUGGUUAGUUCCUUUAUUAAUGUUGAUUAAUACUAUAUUAUUCUUGGAUAAGAGUGCCCUAUCAUAUGGUGUAUUAUUAGGUUUAUUCCAAGAUGUUAAUAUCACAACUGAUCAAUAUAAUAAUUUGAAUUCAAUUUUUUAUACAGGUUAUCUUUUGGGACAAAUUCCAAUGCAUUUUAUAUUACAACGUUUAAAUUUUGGGAAAUUUAUAUCAAUAACUUUAUUUAUUUGGUGUAUUUUAACAUUUUUAACUGUAUUAGCUUCAAAUUAUGGUGGGCUAAUUGUUUUGAGGUUUUUAUUAGGUUUUUUUGAAAGUAUUGUUUUACCAGCUUUGGAGAUCACUUUAUUACAAUUUUUCAAUGCUAAGGAACGUGCCAUGAUUAAUCCAAUUUUUUGGACAACUUGUGUUGGACCAUCAGUUUGGAUUGGUGGGUUUAUAUCAUAUGGUUUAUUACAUUUGGAAAGUUCAAUUUCAAAUUGGAAAAUUUUCUUAAUAAUCAUUGGUGGAUUAACUUUAUUAACUUCAAUAUUAUCAUGGUUUAUUUAUCCAAGUAAUCCAGCUGAAGCAAAGUUUUUAACAAUUGAAGAACGUGUUCUUUUGAUUAAUAAAAUUCAAAACCAAUCAAAUUCAUCUAUAGAACAGAAAAAAGUUAAACCUUAUCAAAUUAAAGAAUGUUUUAAAGAUCCUAUAAGUUGGUUAUUUUUGGCAUUUGCAUUAACAUCAAUGAUUAUGAAUAAUAUAAUGUUUCAAGCAAAUAUUUUAUAUGAAUCAUUAGGUGUUUCAAAUUUAGGUUCAACUUUAGUUAAUGUAGCAGGUGGUGGAUUUGCCACGUUAUACCUCAUUGGUGGUGUUAUAUUCAUUUAUAAAGUUAAAAAUUCCACAGCUUGGAUUAUCUUAAUUGGUGCAAUUCCUGGUUUAGCAGGUUCAAUUGGUAUGGUUACAAUUCCUUAUGAUAAAAAAUUAGCUCUUGUUGCAUGUUUGGUUCUUGCAGGUAAUACAUUUGCAUUAUCAUUUAUAGCAGCAGUUGGAUGGUCAACUUCAACAGCUUCAGGGUAUACCAAGAAAUUUUAUAGAAAUAUAAUGUUUAUGUUUGGAUAUUGUAUUGCAAAUAUUAUAUCACCACAAAUUUGGAAAGGAAAUCAAGCACCAAGAUAUUAUCCUGCAUGGGGGAUUCAAAUUGUUAUAAGUUUUUUCAUACCUGUUGUUAUUGGAUUUAUUAUUCAUAUUAUUUUGCAAAAAAGAAAUCAAGAAAGAUUGAAGUUUAUUAAAGAAAAUCCUGAUUCAAAAUUUGGUCAAGUUAUUAUUAAUGAUUUAGAAACUGGUGAAGAGAUUAUUGAAAAAGUUGAGAUUGCAAAUUUGGAUUUAACUGAUUUGGAAAAUAAAACAUUUAUCUAUCCAUUAUGA